AUGGCCAACGUUGAGCUCAUGAAGGCCGUCAUCUUUGAUGGCCCCUUCAAAGUAUCCGUGCAGGAUCGGCCAGUGCCCAAACUGCAAGACAGUCGCGAUAUCAUCAUCAAAGUCACAGCUACAGCGCUGUGUGGCUCUGAGCUUCAUGUAUAUCGUGGGCAUGAACCCUCCAAUCCGGGGUUUAUCAUGGGUCACGAAUUCACUGGCAUUGUAAUGCAGACCGGCGAGGACGUCAAGACUGUUCAGAUUGGUGAUCAAGUUGUUGUGCCCUUCACGGCAUCUUGCAUGAAUUGCUUUUACUGCCGUAAUGAUUGGACAUCUCGAUGUGCAUCAUCUCUACCCUUCGGCAGCCCUCUCCUGGACGGCGGACAGGCGCAAUACGUCCGUGUCCCCUACGCUGAUGGAACUGUGCUCAAGUCACCUAUUGGUAUCCCUCAAGAGACGCUCGUUCUCAUGGCCGACAUCUUCCCAACCGGAUACUUUGGCGCCAAGAACGCAUUCAGGAUGCUGGAUGGGAUGGAUCACUCAGACGCAACUGUUGUCGUUAUUGGAUGCGGUCCAGUUGGACUCUGUGCGAUUGUUUCCGCUCUGGAGUAUAAGCCGAAACAUCUUUUCGCUAUUGAUGGCGUAGACAGCCGCUUGGAGCUGGCAAAGGCCCUUGGCGCAGAGCCGUUGAACUAUGUCAAGGACCACGAUACUAUGAUGCAGAAGAUCAUGGGUGCUUCGGAGGGAAGAGGGGCAGACGCGGUGAUCGAGGUUGUUGGUCUGAGCAAGGCGCUUAGAACUGCAUACGACAUCAUUCGCCCUUGGGGUGUCAUCAGCAGCAUUGGGGUACACAACGCAGAGAUCCCAUGGACAGGAACUGAGGCAUAUGAUAAGAACCUCCGAAUUCAGAUGGGCCGAUGUCCAGUUCGUGCGGUCUUCAAAGAAGCCCUCGAGGUACUGACGCGUAAUCACCAGAAGCUCAACUUCAUGCUUGAGAAAAUCAUGCCUCUUACGGAGGCUGUGGAGGCUUAUGAGAUUUUCGACAAGAUGAAGGUCCAGAAGGUCAUUUUUAAUCCAAAUGAAUAA